UCCAAUGAGAUAAAUUUUAUCGAGAAAUAAAAAGAAAAAAAGUAAAAUUUUAAUUUCUUUUUUGUGCAUCAAAUUCUCUUAGCUAACCUUUUUUCACUCUCUCUCUCUCCCUCCCUCCUCCCUCUUCUCUCUAUCGCUUCACUUCAUUCUCACAUUCAUUCCUUUCAUCCGUUUUCCGACCAUCCAAUCAAGACGAGAAGACGAGAAAACGAUAGAGAAAAUCGUUGUGGUAACUCUGGUUGUUGAUUCUCUUAAUUUUCCUAUCUGUCCAAUCAAAACUCGUCAGCUUAGCAGCUUAAUUAGCUUUCUCUCUAGGGUUUUCUUUUUAUAAUUGAAUCUUCCUAUUUCCAAAGAGUUCCCAAAUUCCAGAUCGCUCUCCGAUCUGCUAGUUUUUUCGAUAAUGCGAAGCUCGUCUCGGCCGGGUUGAGUCAAUGGCGAUUCGGAAGCAUCCGGAAUCGUGAAAUGCUGGUGGGUCGCGGCGGGAGUUUUUGGGUUUGGUGCGCGUUCGAUGGUAAUCGGAGGAAAUGUCGGCUUCUUUAGCGGCUUUCGAGCGUCCCCGACCCGCUGCUCCGAACACGGUUUUCAAGAGCGGCCCACUUUUCAUAUCUUCAAAAGGAAUAGGUUGGAAGUCUUGGAAGAAGCGAUGGUUUAUCCUUACACGGACUUCUUUGGUUUUCUUUAAGAAUGAUCCUAGUGCACUUCCACAAAAAGGCGGUGAAGUAAACCUCACUUUGGGCGGCAUUGACUUGAAUAACUCUGGAAGUGUUGUUGUUAGAGAAGAUAAAAAAUUGCUGACCGUGUUAUUUCCUGAUGGGCGUGAUGGUCGAGCUUUCACCCUUAAGGCUGAAACAUCGGAAGAUUUAUUUGAAUGGAAGACUGCCCUAGAACAUGCCCUCGCACAAGCACCAAGUGCUGCCAUUGUUAUGGGCCACAAUGGAAUAUUUCGGAAUGACACGAGUGAUACAAUGGAAGGGUCUUUCCCUCAUCAAUGGAAGGAUAAGCGCCCUGUCAAGUCUUCAGUUGUUGGAAGGCCAAUUUUGCUUGCACUAGAGGAUAUUGAUGGAAGUCCAUCUUUCCUUGAGAAAGCUCUACAAUUUUUAGAAAAUUUUGGUAUCAAAGUUGAAGGAAUUUUACGGCAGUCUGCAGAUGUUGAGGAAGUAGAACGUAGAGUACAGGAAUACGAACAAGGUAAGAUUGAAUUUGGUCCUGAUGAGGAUGCCCAUGUGAUUGGUGACUGUAUCAAGCAUGUUCUGCGAGAGCUACCUUCUUCACCAGUAUCAGCACCCUGCUGCACAGCUUUGCUGGAAGCUUACAAAAUAGAUCGAAAGGAAGCUCGAAUCAGUGCAAUGCGCUCUGCAAUCUUUGAAACAUUUCCUGAACCAAACCGCCGAUUAUUGCAGAGAAUACUGAAGAUGAUGCAUAUCAUAUCGUCUCACUCUCAUGAGAAUCGGAUGACUCCGUCUGCUGUUGCUGCAUGCAUGGCGCCCUUGAUUUUACGCCCUUUAUUAGCUGGUGAAUGUGAAUUGGAUGAUGACUUUGAUAUUAGUGGUGAUAGUUCUGCCCAGCUUCUUGCUGCUGCAAAUGCUGCUAAUAAUGCUCAAGCAAUCAUUACGACACUCUUGGAGGAGUAUGAAAACAUUUUUGAUGAUGAAAAUCUACAAAGGUGCUCUAUCUCAGCUGAUUCUCAGAUUGAAAACAGUGGGAGUGAAGAGUCAACUGAUGAUGAAAAUAUUGAUACGAAAGACAAUGGGUACCAUGAUGCGGAAAAUGAAGUUGAUCCAGAAACAGAUGAUGAUCCUGAACGUGUACAUAGUGGGAAAUUAAGUGAAAGUAGUGGGUAUGCUGGCAGUGAUCUCUAUGACUAUAAGGCAUUUGGAGGUGAUGAUUCAGAUGAUGGAUCUCCGAAAGAAAAACAUGCUCUAGCUGAGAGUUCACUCGACCCCCAACAGGUCAGAGAUCCAACCGUUCCACUGGUGGAAGAACAAGAUGAUCAGAAGAAAGUUGCUGAAAACUUGAUUAAUGAGAUGGACCCACCUAGUGUUUCCCCAGCCGGAGAAUCUUACAGAUCAAUGGGAGAGAUCCUAUCCUUGAUGGAUCCAGGGCAUCCUCUGCCUGUAUCUGGACUUGAAUCAAGUGCUGGAAAGGCAACGAGUAAAGUCACAGGCACCAACCAUAAUUCAAAACGAUCAACAUUCUGGGGAAGAAGCAAUGCUAGGAAAACGCCGUCAAUGGAAUCAGUUGACUCUUCUGGAGAGGAGGAGCUUGCUAUUCAAAGGCUUGAAAUUGCGAAGAAUGACUUGCAACAUAGGAUUGCAAAGGAGGCUAGGGGAAAUGCAAUUCUACAAGCUAGCUUAGAGAGGAGGAAGCAAGCUUUGCAUGAGAGGCGGUUGGCACUUGAACAAGAUGUUUCAAGAUUGCAAGAGCAGCUUCAAGCUGAAAGAGAUCUUAGAGCUGCAUUGGAAGUUGGUUUGAGCAUGUCCACUGGACAGUUUUCCAGUUCCCGCAGCAUGGAUUCUAAGACAAGGGCUGAGCUUGAGGAGAUUGCUCUUGCUGAAGCUGAUGUUGCUAGAUUGAAGCAGAAAGUUGCGGAACUCCACCAUCAACUUAAUCAGCAACGGCAGCAUCAUUACAGUUCCCUCUCUGAUGCGUGUGAUCGUUAUCAACAUGUCCAAAAUCAUAGUUCUCAACAAAGAUUUCUCCAGCAAGAUUUUGACACAAGUCUUGCCUUUUGCAAUCAUGAAAGGAAGCAAAGGACCACAGAGGAAAGUCUGUUGGGGACAGAGUGGAGAGCAAUGAAGGGACAAGUAUUAUCAUCUGGCGGCAUCAACAGGCAGCCAUUGCGGAAACCAUUCAUGGACCCUAGUUUGAGUGAUUCAAAAAGUACCGAGGCAUCCACUAGCAUGACCAUGGAUGAGCUUUCUGUUGUUGAUUCUGCUGCAGUACCAUCCACUUCCAGAGCUGCAGAAGUGGUUGAUUAUCCUAGACACCCGUCGGCAGCAUCUUCUGCUUUGGUAGAACUGACGACUCGUCUUGAUUUCUUCAAGGAAAGACGUUCUCAGCUAAUGGAGCAACUUCAUAACCUUGACUUGAACUAUGGUACGACAUCUGCUCAAGACUUUGUCUGUAGACCAUCUUCUCCCCCAUGGAACUGAUGGCAAGAGAUGAUGAUGCUGACCAAAUGGGUCGAGGGAAGUAGUAUUUCUGUCUGACAUCUUUGUUGUAUAUCCUUGAUGCUGUUGCAUUUGUUAAUAGCCUUUGUAGUCCCGCACACCCUAUAAUUUUAUGGUUUCAUAUUUAAUUUUUCUGUUCGUUUUAAUUUUCCUAGUGAAGAUGUGAUUGGAUCCUCUCAUGAGGAAGUGUUUUGGUCUGUCUUUUGUUUAUCAAUUUUUUUUUUCCUCAUGGACUUGUAAACAAAGCGUUCUCUGAUGUGUCCAUAUUAGGCAUAACUCAUAAGUAAUAUUAUUGAGCAGAAUGUUAUAAGAGAACAUUUUGAAAUCA